UGGAGUGAGGCAGAGAUGGGGCUCGUCCAGCAUCCUCCUCACCGACACCAGCCGGUCACCGCCAUCCAGACCGGCCCGGCGGAACGGACAGGAUGCGCUCCACGGGCUGAUGACUGAUAGGUGCUGGAGGGAUAACAGGACACAUCUGAGGUUGCAAGAACACAGAUCAGGACGCGCAGUGCGUGGGAGGGAGCUGCUGCCGCGUCUGCCGCGUCUGCCGCGCCUGCCGCUGCCGCGUCUGCCGCUGCCGCGCCUGCCGCGUCUGCCGCGCCUGCCGCUGCGGGCAGAGGAGCCAUGCAGGAGCCGCAGCGCGCUGCGGCGGCGGGAGCUCGACACUACCGGAGCUGGAACAGGAAACAAUGAGCGAGGACACGCACCCAGACGAUGACAGCUACAUUGUGCGCGUUAAAGCGGUGGUGAUGACCAGAGACGAGUCGAGCGGCGGCUGGUUGGCGCAGGACGGUUGUCUGAGCAGAGUAGGCGUGUGCAGGAUGCUGCCGAAAGAGCUGCUGGGACGCAGCACCUUCAUCAUCCACGGAGAACGUCUGAAGGACCGGCAGGUGAUUCUGGAGUGCAUCUUGAAGAAGGACCUGGUCUACACGAAGGCCACGCCCACAUUCCACCACUGGAGGGUGGACAACAAAAAGUGUGGUCUGACUUUCCAGAGCCCGACCGAUGCUCGAGCAUUCGACCGCGGGGUGAGGAAAGCACUGGAGGACCUGACAGAAGGGUCCACCACGUCCUCAUCCACGCUGCAGAAUGAAGCAGAGCUCGGGGACGACGACGUCUUCACGACCGCCACCGACAGCUCAUCCAACUCGUCUCAGAGGAGAGAACCGGUGACGCACACGCUUGCUCCGGCCCACUUCUGUGAGCAACGACGCCACCACUGCAUCCUGCACCACGAACAGAACCGUCCAUCGGAUCGCUACUUCCUGGAUCCAGCAGUGCACAUAUUUUCCCGUCACGUAAGCUUCCCGGUGGAGGAGGAGGACUCUGGACGCGCCAACUCCCACCACCGAACCUGGCUCACCGGCUACGAGGACUACCGGCACGCCAACCCCACGCGGGACAAACUCCCCCAGCCCCACAACCCAGAAGUGUGCGUGCAGUUCACCAAACGUGAGCAUCCCAAACACAACUACUCCUACCCGUAUCCGCUGAGCUGCGACCUGCGGCGAGCCUGCCACGGUAAACCCGGCUGCCUGGAUGUGGGCGGCGGCCACAGGCCCAUGGUGACGCUGCAGCCGCGAGCCCUUCAGCCCAAAGGUAAGCAGCAGUCGGAGAACAAGGAUCAUCUCCGCUGCGUUUACUGCCAGGACAUGUUCCACCGCGAGGACAACGGGCGGGGCCGCUGCCAGGAGGCCCCCGACCCCAUUCAGACCUGCAUCCGGCGUGUCAGCUUCAUAUGGUGCGCCGACAGCCUGCUGUACCACUGCAUGUCGGACCCGGAGGGCGACUACUCGGACCCGUGCUCCUGCGACACCAGCGACGAGCGCUUCUGCCUGCGCUGGACGGUGCUGGUGGGUCUGUCACUGCUGGCGCCCUGCAUGUGCUGCUACGCCCCCCUGAGGGCGUGCCACCGCUGCGGCGUGGCCUGCCACUGCUGCGGCGGGAAGCACAAAGCCGUGGGCUGAGGGGGUCGCGGGCCCCGCCCACCCCACAGAGACUGGACGGUGGAGCCGGAGAAGUAAAGGCCGCAGUGAUUUCUGUCGUUGUUGUUGUGGUUGUUGUUGUCGUCGUGGUUGUUUGUCUCAUUUUCCAGAAGGAAGUGGCAAAAAAGAAAAAAAAUAAGUGUUUUCUUUGCCCAAUCGCUGAGGACCAAAAGGCCUCGCCAAGAAAACUGUUUCCAACAUAAAACAUCACAUCAUGUGUAAAUAUGUAUAUUUUCAGGUGACACUCAAAGACUGGAAUCAAAGCAACAGGACUUCCUGUUGUCGGUUCUACAAGACGCCUCGACGUCCAUCCAGAACAACUGAUGUUCAAACUGAACUGAGGAACUCUUCUGGACAGAAGCCAGAACGUCGUCAAAAACCGCUGAAAGGAAGUGCUGUCGCGUUGAUUCGAGCCUUUGAGGACCAUCGUGACCUGGAUGAGUGAAGGUCUGCACCAGCGCAACGCUAACACGUUAACACACAGCCCGGAUCGGUUAAAAAAAUGCAAAAAAUUAGGAUUAGGUUCUUGAUCCACACUGUGUUCCUUCAGACGGUGGCGCUCGCCCACAGCAUGGUUGGUCAGGCCUCCCACCUGUGAUGUCACAUAGAAGCUGAACCGACCCGGACUCCUCCUGGACCGCUCCCGUGAGCAGUUCUGUAUCACAGAACCUGGCGGCUGGGGUUAAUUAGCUUGUAUACGUGAAGCGGUAACAGCUCAGUGCUCUUGUGGUCCAGUCUCACCACUGUAGUGUGACCCCGGUAGUGUGAGGUCACAGGAAGUGGCCUUGAGGUCACGAGCUGGCUCUGAUUUGGGUCGUGACAUGAGUCACAUGGCUCAUAUGAGGUCCAGUUUCGACAAGCUUGGAUGUGGGUUACAGCAGCUGUUGUCAGGAUUAACCUCUUUGAACUCCAAAGCAUAUCUUUUAAUUAAACGAUUCAUUUGCAUGUUAAUUAUUUUUUCCUGACCAAUAUCAACUCCGUGUAGGACUUCGACAGCAUACUGUGACCGGGUGAUAGUGAGGUAUUUAUGUUUUAAUGCGGUGAAUUUCCCAGAGGUUUACGUCCCAACAGGAACAUCUGACCAGUCCAACCGAGAACAUCGUCUGGUCCAAUGACAUGAAUGAAACAAACCUCCGUUCAGGACUUGUAAAUCGUAAAGAAAAUACAUGAUUUUACCUGAAACGUCUGUCCAGCUGCUACCCCAGAUCUGAAAUGACUCGGCUUCUUCAAGCUUUGUCGCAGGAACUCCUCACAGCUUUGACGGGUUGAGCGUCAGCUCCUGAACCAACUAACUCACCACAUUCUCCUCAAAAUGGGAUGUAAGACGUAUUUGAUCUUUUUACUCAAAUUUUAUUUGCAAAUCUGCACAAAACCUGAUGUGAACAGACAAACACGUCAUUAUUGUGCAUCACAAUUGUUAACGGUUCUGUACUGACGCCUGACCUUCUAACCUUCAGUCAUGACUCAAAGACUCAAAGAUUUGGACCGUGUCUGAUAGAUAUAUGGCCGAGUUUAGAAGGCAAAACUCAACGCUGUCAUCCACGACCACAUAGAGAGAAAAGGUGUGGGCCAUUACUGGCUCAGUCCUUUGUAUCUGGGGCGACCACGACCACGACCGUGACCACGAC